AUGUAUUUCAAUAUUGUUUUUAAGGAAAAACGCGUGGAAGUUGCUCGGAAUAGUAAGCUAAAGGGCAAAGACCCUGUCGUCGAUGAAGAAAUGGAAGAAGAUGAGGAAGGACGAUCGCUGUCUGGGGAUGACAGUGAAGAAUCUGUUUUUGACGGGGAUGCAUAUGAAGAUGUUGAAGAUGAUGAAUAUGAGGAUGAGAUAUAUGAGGACGAAGAAUUCGAGGAUGAAUUAUGCCAGAGAACAGUGAAACGUGCGCCAAAGAAAAGGCAAUCUGCUAAAAGCAGGAGGGUUAUUUCAUACGAUGAAGUAGAGGAGGAAGAAGAUAUAGAAGACGAAGACGGUGAAUAUAUGGAUGGUGGGUAUGAAGAUGAAGGAGAGGAUGUUGUUGUUCGCGUUCAGAAAAGAGGGAAGAGUUGGAAGGAGGUCGGGCAGAAUGCUUUGAAGAAGAAGGCACAUCUGCAGAUGAUGCGGAAGAGGCGUAGAGAGGAUUAUGAUGAUGUUGACGAGGGAAGGAGACCUGUGAAGAAGACGAUACUUCCUGCGAUGAAGCAGAUGGGUAGGAAGUUUGAUGAAACAGGGGUAGCAAAAGGAAAGCCCCCUGCAAAACAGAAGGCAAUCAGAGGGAAUAACAGGAGGAUGUUUGUGCGGGUACCGAUUCCCAAAUAUCCUAUGUCUAGGGGUGAGUAUGCGAAGUUUCACGGCGUGGUAGUUGCUACUCAGCGGGCUAAUUGUGGCCGGAAGCAACCAAGCGUUAUCUGUCGCACGGAUGCAUUUUCUAAGAUUAUUGCUGCUUUUGAUGAGUCAAGGAGAAGUUGCGUUAGGAAAAUGGGUUUCGGGGGGAUGUUGGAUUUGAAAAUAUCCAAGCUACCUAGGCAGCUGUGCUACUGGCUGAUGUCCCGGUUGGAUGGGGGUAACAGUUACCUUGUUGGAGGGGACGGCCAUGUGUUGCCGAUAACUGCUUCCCAUUGGGAAUAUGUAUUCGGAUUCCAGAACAGCGGUCUUCCGGUGCCAGUGAAGGAGUCUGAUCUUCCUCCAGGCACCCUUAAAGCGAUGGCCCUCAAGUAUGGUGAAAAGAAUACAUCAACCUCAAAGAGCACAAUAAUCAUAGCAAAAUCAGUAAAGGAAUUGGCAGGGCCGGUUGACGGUGAAGGAAAGAUAAACCCCCUGGCUAAUCAGCGUGAUAGGGCCUCGUUCAUGGAAAAUUUCAUGAUUGUGUUGCUGGGGCAGAUUUUAUGUCCUUCUACCGAUGGGGGUAACAUGUCUUUAAAAUUUCUAGGUGCAGUUUCCGUGGCAAAGAAUGCAUCACUGUACAAUUGGUGUGAGUUUUGUCACACAUGGCUUUUAGACUACGGAGACGCCUGUCAGCGGAAGAUAGACCAUCAGGGGUAUGCCGCUGGGACUGGUGGUUGUGUGUUGUUUUUGCUGAUUUUCUACCUAGACCAUUUAUGCAGGCAUCCUGUGAGAUUGGAUGAGUUUCCCAGGAUCAAAGUCUGGACACAGGAGGAAGUGGAUGAGGCCAAGAAUCGGGAUAGGAAAGCGAGUGAUGAUUAUGGAAGGAUUACGACUGUUGAUGUUGUGUACGGGGAUCCUCAUCCCCUUUACGGCAGGGAGGGUAGACGGUCUCCCGCAGUAGAGGUUGCUGAGAUGUGGGAUAAUUUUCAAAUAUUGAGUGUUAGUGAUAAACAGGUUAUGGGGCAGCUUGCUCCAUUAUUGCAAGAUCGCCGGGGCGUAUCCCGUGAAAGAGGAAUGAGGUCAUAUCAUGCUACCGAUCAUUUGACGAUAGAUGUUGAUGGUGUGGCUAUGCCGUUGGACAAGUCUGUCAAUAAGGUGCUUACAGAGUUGGAUGCCGAUGACGAUUCCGAUGUGGAGUUGCAACCGUCUGAUGGGGGACGUGUAUUUGUGGGCCCUCAUGGGAGUGUGCCAGUUAUGAAUCCCCUAGACCCGGUCAGCCACGGUGAUGUACCUUUGGUCCACACUGCUGUCAGCCACGGUGAUGUACCUUUGGUCCACACUACUGAUGAUGUUGGUGUAGUAGCAACUGACCCAGAAACAAGCAAGCACCCGGUCGACCAGACACAUCAGCACGGACAGGUUCAAGCUGGUGACGGGCCACCUUCAGAUGGAAUGUCAUCGGAGAAGGUGGGACAGCUGGGUGUAGUUGAAGACAAAGAGGAUGAUGAAGACAAUGGAACGGUUGCAGCAUCGCCCUUGGAGAACAUCGCUCAAGAGAACCCCUCUGAAGAUAAGAACAGUGAAGAGAACACCAGUCAAUAUAACCCCACUGAAGGGAAGACCACUGAUGAGAAUCUCCAAACUGAUGACCAAGAACGACCACGGGAGAAAUUGAUCCUAAGGAUUCCGAGAACAAAACCAAAAACGCGCUAUCGGCAGACGCGAGUACGAAUGACAAAACUUGAGAGUGACGUAGUAGCUUAUGUGGAGUCAUACAAUCCUAAAGGGAAAGAGCAGGGGGCCAUGCUUAUCGAGUGUGAUGGUAAUGAUGCAAAUCGGAUGAUGUGCUACUCGGUUGUGCGUCCUAGGGAGUACGUGCAUUCCCAGUACGUUCGGGCCGUUGCAAACAUAUACAACAGGGAAUGGGCUCUGGAAUACCCAACGAAUUCUCGCAGAAUCAUGCUGGACUCCUCAUUUGCGUAUCAGAAAUUAAAGACGAGGGAAACAUAUGCUGGUCUGCUGAAGAAGUGGUCCACCCCUCUCCAGAAGAUUGUGUCAGCUGAUAUAUCUGUGGUCUAUGUUCCAGUUGUGGACAACGGACAUUGGUGGUGUGUUGCUUUUGCACGGAAAGACCAGAAGAUAUGGUUCAUUGACAACAUGUAUACUAAUCCUGCUUCCGAGCAUUAUGGGGAUGUUAAAAAAUUGGUAUCUAAUCAUGUGAUAUGUAGUUUUUACUUAGUUUUUACUUAA